CGGAGGGCCAAGUCGAUGCUGAUGUUGAUGCUGGUGGCGGCUGUGACCAUGUGGCUCCGACCGCUGGUCACAGCUCAGCCGCUCUGCCAUGCUCGCACAGUGAGGACAGGAAAAGUGUUUAAUGUCAUACAGGACGUUCAAGGGGACCGCCUGUAUUUUCAAUCUGCAACACGCUUGAUUAAACAUCCUUGCAAGAAAAAUAUAGCACUAUAUCUAGGAAAACAAGUUUUUUUCACAACAGAUAACUUUGAGACUAGUCUCCUUCCAUUUACCAUCCCUACAUCAAUGCAGGUCGGCGUUCCAGAAGUGACAUCAGCACAUUUUGCUGGUUCAUUGUUGCUGUUAGUAGUGAGUCAUAAAGUCUAUACUUAUGAUUAUGAAAGUAAUUCUUGGAACUUGUCUUUAGGUAUAAAACACCCAGUUACACAUGUUUCUGGUGAUAAUUGUUGUUAUACUGGAAGUUUGUUUUGUGUGGAUGUCAGCAAUUUGGUUUUUGCAUAUUUCCGUGGAGAUCAGAUAUCCCAGACUUAUAUAUAUUAUUCGAAUACUGGGGGAUUCAGUUUUCGAAAGUAUCACUAUGAUGGACAGGGCAUGUUCAAGUACUCAGACCACCCCCUCAACCGGAGUUUGGGGCUGUCUUUUGACUAUAACGGGACUCUCGACAUCGUCAUCGCCCCCGGCCAGAAAGGCAUCCUGCUCCUGUGGUUUGAGAAGAGCCUGUUGUUUUCCCAUAAUGCAGGUCAGCUCGUCGACACCGUCCGGGUGAAAAAAGGAGACCAGACCUUGUUUACUUCCAUUUUUGAAGCCCCAAUCACCAUCCACAACAUUGCUGUCAAUGAAAACGAACUGGCAGUUAUAACUCAGGAGGAUAAUUUGUAUUAUGGCAAUCUGGGCAUCGUGCCAAGUUUCAUAAUCAAAUUUGCAGACCAACACAUCUGGUCAGAAGAGGCAGCCCUGAUGUUCAGGAGCUCAGGGAUUCUGGAAAUACUGACCCCACUGCGUGAUGCAGCCUUUGCAGCUUUUGAUUUCCAGAAGUGCCUCGUGAAUAUCCAGGCAAUUCUCAUGGACCCUGAACUUCACGUUGGAAGAUGCAAUAUAGAGCUUCUGAAAGGAGAAUUCACAUACAGAAUGUAUACCAUUGACAUGCACAGCCAGCUGGAAUUGACUGCUUUGUUGAUACCCCAGCCAGGUACAUCCCUGAUUCCUCUGGUGAUGGUGAGUAACCCCCACUCCCUGGGGUUCCAGGCCACCUUCUACGAGAGCGGUUACACGUCAGACGGGAACACCAAGUACAAACUGGAUAUUUACUUAAAACAGCAGCAGCACUGGGGCAGGACCGACUUCAACUUCACUUCCAGCUUAAAGAGAGCCACCAUGUCUACCUUAACUGUGGACAUAGCAAACAAGGAAAUUUCCUGUGUGGAUAUCAAGCCACUGUCGACACUGAUUUCAGUUGGCUGUGAUCUGGAUAAAAAGAUCGUCAUCCAGAAGUAAGUAUGCUGAGGCCGGGUGCCGUGUUUCACGGCUGUGAUCCCAGCACUUUGGGAGGCCGAGCUCUACUUCUUGGUGUCUUGAAGGGAAUUCUACGACCCCAGCUUCCAGGGGCGGCAGUCCUCCCGGGACCUGCGCGUGUUUUACUCCUACCAGCAGCUGGGCUGUCCUCUCCUCGUCUACUAUGAUAUCCCAUGGAAGCCCGUGGUGGAGCUGUGGCGAAAAGACCGUUUCCAGGAGGUCGUCGAUACCGAGUAUGUGUUACUGGAGGUGAACGGGCAGUUCUCGUACUCCUAUUCCCUGACGGCCAAGUCGGCAAUGUGCACCUCCCAGCCGCAGAACUGGACCACCAUGAUAAAGGAAACUGGGGGGCCCUUCGUCUGGAACAGAGAGAACUACGUGAGCUGCCACGACCCCAACAAAGAUGCCCCUUUGAGGUGGCCUGAUGUCCAGUAUCAGAUCUUGGGCGGCCGAACAGCAAACCAGAUCAUUUUCAGCCACAACAACGGCUUCUAUGUCUUCUACAUUUCCAUUGUGGAUCCGUACUACAGCUACUGUCAACUGGAGACCGUCUUUAGCAUCUACGUGUAUGGAGCGUUCCCCGUGCAGCUGGUCUCUCCCGGGGUCGUCACGGUACUGCUCAUCUCCAGCAUCCUGGGGUCCGUGUGGCUGGCCUACAUGAUCCCCAGGCUGCUAUGCACAGCACAUGGCCGCAGGAUGAAGAGGUUUGUGGCAGAGCUGUAUGGGAGAUGCAAGACGGUCUUCCAGUUCAGGGCCUCAGCCACGGCCAGGACGGGCACAGAGCCCCUGGGACGCCACCGCAGUUCUUAUGGAGGCAGGUCUGACCACUGAGGCCAGUCCACAGGGUCCCGACCCCUUGUCUUCAAAUAAAGUAUAGUGUAACAUAGCA